AUGCACAGAACCUACUCCAUGAGAUCCCAAAAGGCGCCAACUGCCUCGCAAAUGCAAUCUCCACCUCCCCCAACUUCUUCCACCAAGUCGAAGUUUUUUGGCAAGGGGGGUCUCACCUCUAGUUUCAAGAAGAGCUUUGCCGGUGUUUCCUCUCCUGAGUUGUCCAAGAAAUUGACCCAGUACAUCAAGAUGGAGAAGAACGUCAUGAGAGCCAUCGAAUUGACCGCCAGAGAGCGCCGUGAAACCGCCAAGCAAUUGUCCUUGUGGGGUGAGGAGAACGACGAGGAUGUUUCUGAUGUCACCGACAAAUUGGGUGUUUUGAUUUACGAGAUUGGCGAGUUGGAGGACCAAUUCAUCGACAAGUACGACCAGUACAGAAUCACCUUGAAGACCAUCAGAAACAUCGAGGCUUCGGUCCAGCCUUCCAGAGACAGAAAGCAAAAGAUCACCGACGAGAUUGCUCACUUGAAGUACAAGGACCCACAGUCUCCAAAGAUUUCUGUCUUGGAGCAAGAGUUGGUGAGAGCAGAGGCUGAGUCCUUGGUCGCCGAGGCUCAAUUGUCCAACAUCACCAGAGAGAAAUUGAAGGCUGCUUUCAACUAUCAGUUUGACGCCAUCAGGGAGUUGGCGGAGAAGUAUGCUCUCAUAGCCGGAUACGGUAAAGCCCUCUUGGAGUUGUUGGACGAAUCUGCCGUCACCCCUGGCGAGACAAGAGCUGCUUACGACGGCUACGAGGCGUCUAAGCAAAUCAUCAUUGAUGCCGAAAAUGCAUUGGGAUCCUGGACUUUAGACUCUGCUGCCGUCAAGCCUACCUUGUCCUUGCAUCAAGAGGACGCCGAAGAGCCCGAGGAACACGAAUUGUACGAGGCCGAGGAGGAGUUCGCCAAGCACGACGAGACCAACGGCGCCGUUUGA